UUCUCACGCGGCAGGCCACUGUGUACGCCACGGGCACGUUUGAUCUCUCGUACGAUUGGAGGGGGUGUCCGCUAGAACUUGUCAGACUACACGAACACAGUGACACGGUGAUAUCAGAACUCGCCGAUCCUUAGAGAACAGGGGUGGAUCAACUGUUGAACGCUAUGAUCAUGAAGUCUUCGGCUUGUAACAACCAUUCACCACUGAAGACAGAGGACAGUGGUGAAGAAGAGGUCGAUAAUGGCGAUCAGAAGAAUUCCCUUCAAAAUUUUGAGAACAGAGAAAAAAGGGUGGCAGGCCCAGGGGAACAUCCCUUACAGUUUAGUUACGCCUUCUGGUUUUCACGGAGGACACCGGGCAAGCAGACCACAGCCUCUAGCUAUGAUCAGAAUCUCAAACAAGUCGGCUCAUUUGCUUCUGUAGAGCAGUUCUGGGAACUGUACAGUCAUACAGUCAGACCCAGUGAUUUAUCAGGUCACAGUGAUUUUCAUUUGUUUAAGGAGGGCAUCAGGCCAAUGUGGGAGGAUGAUGCCAAUAAAGCAGGAGGAAAGUGGAUUGUGAGAUUAAAAAAGGGCCUGGCCUCAAGGUGCUGGGAGAAUGUGAUACUGGCCAUGUUAGGGGAACAGUUCAUGGUGGGGGAAGAAAUCUGUGGGGCUGUUAUAUCGAUUAGAUACCAGGAGGAUAUUUUGUCAUUAUGGAACAGAACGGCCAACGACCUGCAGACGACGUCCAGAAUUAGAGAUACGCUGAAGAGAGUGCUCAAUUUACCUCCCAAUACCAUCAUGGAGUACAAAACCCAUACAGACAGCCUUAAAGAUAAUUCCAGUUUUAGAAACACAGACGUCUUCAUGAGGUAGCUGGAGAACAACUGUUUAUAGACGAUGUGAAAAAGAAAAAACAUACGAUUCACAGGAAUGGCUUGAACAAUGAAUAUGUCCACUAAUGAUAACCUGGAUGUGUUAAUGCUGUCAUGGACGAAAUCACAGCAUGGCUACAUGAAUUUGUGGAAGCUGUUAUGGCACCUCUGUUGACAUUAGAGAUUGUGCUUUUGCAGGUAGUGGCCAGGUCUCUUCCCAGACAGGUUACUUUGACAUUCUCAUGUGUACAGUUGCGACAGUUUGAAAGAAGCAUAUUCCAUGUCUGUUUUUUGUUUGUUAUGCCCAAAUUGCAGUCAGCCAGUUAGAUUUGAGGAAUAUGAUCUUGUCUCCGAUGUGAUCAGCCAAGGGUAUUAUAUUACACUUAAGGUAAUGUUAGAUUGUGUUCAGUGGGUGUCAAAGCCUAAAUACCUGGAUUUAAUCAGAACAAAGUGUAUGUUGUGGAGAUGCGAGAUAAUCUCUAAAUACCUGGAUUUAAUCCGUGCAACUGUUGUGUUCUUGAGAUAACAGGCAUUCCCUUAAACUCUUCCCCAGUUCUUCAGACGUGUAUUAAAAGUUAUGACACGUUUAAAUCUUAAUAACGGUUUUGGCCUAUUGCAAAUCCAAUGGACUAAAGUUAAUACCAGACAUAUCUGCUAAUACACUUUGGAACACCUGGGCCCUGGUUUUACACAUCACAAAGGUUAUGCCCUGGAAAUGCAAGAUAAUGCCAAAAUACCAGAGUUUAGUCAGCAUAAGGUUUUAUUUUCUGUAGAUAUGAGAUAAUCCUUAAAAUUCUGACUCUAGUCGCAUUAUUAACUACAGUUUUAUCUGUUAUUCAGUCAGCAGUUGAAGACUUAAUCCCCUGGGGCUGGUUGUUCAAAUGUGAAUUAAAACUUAAGCCAGGCUUAAAUCUUAAUACCAGUCUUAGCCUAAGAUAAAAUUAAUGGCAGUUUAGUCCAGACUAAAGUUAAUGCCUAUCACCAUCUUAUCUUCUAAUACACUUUUGAACAGCUGGGCCCAAGGAUUGAUUCCACAGAGCUGGUUUUGACUGAUGUCAGAAACUUGAUCUGUGAUUGUGAUGUUUGUUUUUGGACAUUUAAUGAUCUCAUCGGGCACUCGUAAAAACAGUUAAGACAAGUCUGUCAUAAUCUUUUAGUGCCGUUGAGAUAUGCUUUACAUUGAAGUUUGAUACAUUUCCUUACAUUUAAGUUUUAUGGGUGAUCUAAAAUAAGUCAUAAAUAAAAAAAUCGCUUGUGGAACCAGCUGCUGUACAAGAAGGGUAAACUAGAUGGUUCUGUUAUAUCACAAUACUAGCAUUGCCUGGAUCUACUGUCUGUAAAGAGAGAGGGUGCAGAUGGUUUUAAUUGUAAUCGUGGUGGCAUUGAUCAUAUGGAAAUACUUCUCACAGGCUGCAUGUGUUGUUCUUCACUAUUUGUGGCAUGUAAAAUUUCUGGUAGGGAAGAGCAAAAACUACAUGGCCAUUUUGACAGGAUAUGGCUUUCUUUUUUAUCAUCCUACAUUCUUUAAAGUUCGUCUUUUAGUCUGCAUCUUACUUAUGGACGAAUUCAAUACUACGUUAGGUGUUAACAGUUUUCUUCUCACUCUGUCAUUUGUCUGACCAUGGUGCAUGUUUUACAUUGUGUGGCGAAAUAAAAUUGUUAUGUUUGUUUCUGGCUGAUGUUGAAGCGUGUUCUCCAGCUUAAAUAG